AUGGCAAAGGCAUACGCGCAGGAUGAUUUUGAUGAGUUGAUGGGGAAGGUUCAAAAGGUAGAUAUGCGCGUGGCAGAGUAUUUGAAAUUGACUGGUAGAGACAAGUGGGUUAGAUUGUAUGCAUCUGUUAACCGAGGGUGGACAAUGACUUCUAACAUAGCAGAGUACAUUAACCGACAUAUUCUAGCAGCUAGAGAAUUGCCUAUAUAUGACUUUCUCGAAGAAGUUAGAAGGAUGUUUGGGAGAUGGAAUUACAAUAACCGGAGAAAUGGAACAUACACAUUCACUACACUCGGUAAAAAGUUUCCGGAGAUGCUAUCAAUCAACGAGUAUCUAUGUCUACGAAUGACGGUAGAACCGUCAACCGAAUUCGUGUACACAGUACAUGAUGGAAGGAAGGCGAAUCAUUCUUAA